AUCGGAAUCAUCAAGAUUUUUCUGGUCAAAUUUUAUUUGUCCUUGUUGUCAGUUGUCACACCGGAUUAAAGAAUCUUGUGAAAUCGUAAACAGAUCCAUAAACUUAACCAUAACAUUAUCUCUGCUAUGAAGUAACUAAUCUUCCACCUAAAUCCAUGUUUCCAAUAAAUUUUACUUCAUCCAAGGAAAUCCGAUCACAGACUCGUAACUUUGCUCUCAAAAUUCAUUCAACUAAUUAAUCAAAUUGCUUUCUCUUCAAGAAAAUAAAAUAAAAAAUCAGCGGCCCUAGCCCGUUUCUCUUAAAACGCUAAAACGCACACCUAUUUAUAUUUAUGAGAUGGUUGUUAUAAAAACGACGUCUCUGACAGAACGUCAAGACUUUUAUUUUUCAUCGGAGUUUUUUUUUUCUUUUUUGUUUUUAAAGUGCAUCCACGAAUGUAUGCGUAUUUUAAAUGUGAUGUCUCGCACAUCAGUCGGUGUCGUAUACAGAAAAUUUUCCUCACUCUCGUUCGAAAUACGUUUAGCAGCGUACCAGUCUAUUUCCAUUUAGUGUCUUUCUCGACCUCUAUCAAAUUGAAGUUAAAAAAAAAUUAUUAAAGAAAAUCAGAAAAAUUAUUGAAAGAAAUCGACAUCGAAAAUGCUGUCAUGGUUUUGUUGUAUUGUUUGUGGUAAUUUCAAGUGAACUUUUAACAAAAUAUAAAAAAAUAACGAAAAUCAACUCGUCUAAUGAGACAAAAUUUAACAAAAAAAAGAAAGAACUCACAGCACACACAAUCGAAAAUUUUUGGAAGCUUUUCCUUACAAAUGAAAAAAAUUGGAAUCGAAAUUGAUCGAAAAUCUAACAAAAUUGAUUAUAGUGACCGGAAAAGCGAUUGCAAAGAAAGAAAAAUGUUUAUUUAAUUGUGAUGAAUAAAAAAGAAGGAAAAAAAUCAAACGAAAUCUAUAAUUAGUGUGAUAAACCAGUCUUUUUUGAAAACGAAAAAUCUGUUUUGAGUGAAGGAAAAGAGAUUUUUUUUUGAAGAAAAGACCGCCACAGAAUCGUCACGUAAAAUUCUGUUAUAUUUGAAAAUGAUGUGCACCAACAGAAUCGAUUAGAUUUAUUGAUCGUUUUCUCGUUUGUCAUAUUGAGAAUUUAUAAUUUCAAUUUCGUUUUGUUCAAUCAUCACACUCUAUAGUACUAUUCGUUACAACUCGAAUAUCUAUUUUAUUAAAAAAAAAUACACAUCUGUUAUACUACUUAGUGAAUUACAGUGUACAUCGUUGGUAAUAUAAACGGACACCCAAUAAAACAUAAAAAAAAUAGUAGACGGCGUUUCUAUAUCGGUUUUGGAAGACACACGUCGUCUUUACAAUCUGGUGUGUUGUAUAGAGAGUGUUUCCAAAAAAAAUUGAAUUUUUUUUUUCUUUCUUUCGUGUGUAUAAAUCACUAAGCAAAAGUAGUGAAUAUUAAAUUUAAAAAUAGACAUCGAAUGGAGCAACACUGAACUACAACAUAUGAAGGAAGAGAAGAAAAAAAACUACUAUACGGUAGAAAAAAUCACACACCAUCGAGUUAGUGUUAAAAGCAGCGAGUUACAUACAACAGUCGUCGAGUCGGUUGAGUGAUAAAAUAAAAAGGAAAAGAGAAAAAUCUCUUUUCUUUGACUUAAUUUUUCUUCGUUUUUUUUUUUCAAUUUUCGGUUGUUGUUUUUUUUUUGUAUCGAAAAGAAGAUCAAGACACAACACAAAACUGUGUUAAAACAAAAAGUAAAGAAGAAGAAGAGUAAAAAAGAAACGAAAUUUAUAAACAGAGUUCCUUAUUAAAGUAAAAAAAUUAAAGUAAAAAAUCGUUUAUCCUCAAUUACGAAAAUAAAAGAAAAACUAAACACCGCAUACAGUGGCUAUAAUAUACCUACUUAAUUCACAUAAAAUACACUUUUCAACGCAACAAUUUUUUCUCUUCUCUUUCGUGUUUUUUUUUCGAAAUUUAUUUAUAAUUGAAGUGAAAUGUGUUAUUUAAUACUUUCAUGGAACCACAAAGCUAUAUUGGGAUUACUGACGGAACGUAGAAGGAGGCAACCGUUUAUUAUUAACGGGAAGUGUUAAGAAAAUUACGAAUAGGGAAAUAUUACAAAAAGUUGCCGUAUAGAAGGAAAAUUAAGUGGAAAAUAUAUUCCGUUAACACGUUUACACAUACACACACAUACACGCACCCACAAAUCUCAAAACGUUUGGGAACACAAAAUUGAAGAGUGUUUCUUUGGUGAUCGAUUUUUGAAAGGGCCCGCAGUAAAAGAAAUCAUAUCGGCAACGAUCAACAAUGAAGAUCAGACGUAAUCAUCUGUAUGACGAACAAUAUGUAGAAAUAAAUUUCAUGUGUAUACAUCGAUUGACGAGCCACAACAAAUACCACUAAAUAGAAAAAGAAGAAGAAAAUUCGACGGGCCGGAGAAUAACAUUUUUUUUCUUCGUAAAAAUAAAGAAAAUAAACAACCAACCAAUUGAAUGUGCAACGAUUUUAGUUAUUUUCUGUUUGUUGAUUUCGACAACAUCGGCAACAAACAACAGGCCAAUCACAACAAAUAGUUUCGCCACAAUAACGGUGUUUUGAGUAAGCCAUGUAUGCGCUGGUUUUGCGCAAAUGGAGUCUGGCCAAAAUUCUAAUGUACCUGUGGUUGGCAGUUAUUAUGUUACUGGUGUAUGGGUGUCAACUGGGUGCUUCCAUGCGCCUGGCACCGAACCAGCAAUAUUUUGACAACAUCAACGAUAAUAACAGCAACAACAACAACAACAACAACGAUCCAUCGAGUGAUGUGAUUUGGUACCCAAAUCAAUUAAUUAGCCAAGUUCCAAAUGUUCCAAAUUAUGAAAAUAGUCAAAUAAUUAAUAAAUUUAGAGAAUUUAAUUUUAAUUUAAAUAACUGGCGCAAUGAUGAUGACGGUGGUGAUGAUUAUCUAGCACCGAAUGACAGUGAUGUGAUGAGGUCGAGAAGGACAGUUCACGAACGUUUUGAACGAGUUAGCGACACCAAAAAACGACAUUUAACGCACAAUAAUAAGCGAAACGAACAAUUCGUUUCACCAACGAACGACAAUAGAUCUGAUGAGCCCAGUGAAUCUCUGCAGCGACUAUGGACGCAACGAUAUGUCGAAAAACGUAAUCGCAUAGCGAACCAUCGGAGGCGUUUGGCCUCACACAAUCCACAACAAUCCGUUGCACAAAGUGUCCAUAACAAUCAUCUGAAUACUCCGAUCGAGAAUGCAACCCGAGUAAAUGAUCCCAAUUCAAUGCAACUCAAAUUCAACAAUAGACACAAAUUAUUAAACAUCAACGCAAUAUCCGGACGAAAUCGUCGUGAGUCACGGCACCAGCAACAGUUUCAACCGAAUCAACCAUUUCAUCAUGAUACGCGACAUCAUCAAGUAAUGCCACGUACUCGUCCGCGGCGAUUUUGUUCAGCCCGUGAUCCCGCUACGCUUGCAUUUGAGGCGCCAACAGUAUUCGAGGGAAAAGUGCGUUCGAUGAGUUCGGAUCGACGAAAAAACUUUUCAGUAACAUUCGAAGUGAAAGAGGUGUAUAAGAGACAGCCGGGCUUCAAGCUGCCAUUAUUAUUAAGGUUACAGUUUUCCUAUAGAAAUACGAGUGAAUGUGACAUAUAUAGAGAAGUGUUACGGCCACGAGGCUAUGUUAGAGACGAGUUGGAACAGGGUAAAGUGUAUAUAUUGUUUGUGGAACAGUUGGAUUUGCAGAAUUUUACGAUACUGGGCCAGCCGUUAAAGAAGACCAGACGUGUAGUGAAUGAUGUUAAGCACGGAGUGAGCGACAAAUAUGGACAGCGCGCUUCGAUUGAAUCACUGAUGGCUAACAAUUCGACGGCCAGAGAAGGUCGACGAAUACGAAUCGUGUGCAAAGUUCGAGGUCAACCACCGCCAAAAGUGACUUGGUUUAAGGAUGGUCGAUCGAUCGGCCGGAACCGAGCGAGAUAUCAAUUUGUACAUUUAAGAAAAAGGUCUGAGCUGAUAAUCAAAUCAGCGUUUAGGAAUGAUUCUGGAUUAUAUGAGUGUCGGGCCAAAAAUAAAUUAGCUCGUCAGCCGGUAUCCCGAUCAAUUCGAAUCGAGGUCCUUCCAAAAGAACAUGAUGUCACGAGACCACCAAAUAAUUGGACACAUUUAGGAUCACCUUGUCCUGUGAUAGGAAAUGCAUUUUGCCUGAAUGGAGGAACGUGCGUUUUCUUUAAAGAUGUUGGAGAGCCAGCCUGCAAAUGUCCGGAUGGUUUCCUGGGAAAUCGUUGCGAAACAAAAAAUCCAACUAAUUUACAACCGAGUCCAACACGUCGUAUUCAGUAUUUUGACCACUUCAUCGAUGAUUCGCUGGUGCCGAAUGAAUUAAGAUCGAUUAGACCGAAUCGCCAUCAUCAUCCCUCUCACAAUAGAAUCAACGAUCAUCGCAAAGGGUUUUAAAUGGAAUCAAACAACAACAAAUUUAGAAUUUAAUCCGAUUUUUUUUCAAAAUCAUGUUAUACCAAAGAAUAGAAAGUGAAAAUUUGGGAGGUACAGUGAAGGAAGGAAGUAAAGUAAAUUAAAAUAUGAUUAUUUAAUAUAAAACAAAUUAACUGUAAAAUGAUCUAAUUUUCAAUUGCUAAAUGUUGCGUAAUAAUAUAAUUGUUUCAAAUCAAAUUAUUUAGGAACAAAAGCAAUUAUUCGAAUAAAGGUGCGAAAUUAAGCUUUAAACGAAAUAUUUACUUUAAUCAUGAAAAAUGAAAAACAGUUUUUCAUUGUCAAUCAUUGAAAAUUUACAUUAAGGGAAAAGGGUGUGCUAUUUUUAACAGAGAAAAAGAGAACUGGAUCUUUCGUAGAUAAGACAGUCGUUUAUCUGCAACUAUAGAAUAUAGUCGCUUACGCUACGCAGUCAAAGUCUUUUUUGUUUUGUUUGUGUUUUUUGAUCAUUCCUGAGUCAAUUCUAACAAAUUUAAUUUUUUGUUAAUUGUUCCAUAAUUAACCUGUCAACAACUUUAUGUCAAACCCUCCCUUGCAACCUAACUAAAUUUAUUAAGGUGGUAAUAAAAUAGAAAUUAGUCAACAAAUUAGUUCUACCAAACAAAGUACUAAAGUGGUUUUUUGACAGCGUCAAAACGAAGUUUGUUUGCUAGAGAGGAUAUUGGUUCAAUUUAAUUCAAGAAUAAUUUUUUUUAUAGAAAUUUAACUCGAAAUUUUAAACUUAGAGUUACUAGAUAACUCAGGUCCAAUCAAGCACUUCUGCCUGGUUAACUUUACUCUGCCGCGGUUUUUAAUUUACAAAUUUCGUCUCUGUUUAAUUUGGUUUCAAAAGCGGUAAUUAUUUAUUAUACAAGCGAUCUUGUGCUUUCAUGCUACAAUCAACCUCACAAUCAACAAUGCGCAAUCUUAGUACAUAGAUGUUUACAGGUUAAAUAACAAUUUCUAAUUAUCCAUCCAGGUUUUUCUUAAAGAGCAUCUGGUUUGUGUAAAACUUUUUAAAUUUCAUAAGUGCUGGUUCCACAAAAAUGGACUUCGGAUCAUCAAGUUAGUACUUAGCUGAAGAAAAUCUUCGGGGAAUGAAUGAAUGAAUUCACUUACGAUUGAAGAUCGUAUCUUCACCAUAGGUAUCAGUAUUAGAACACAUUAAAACCCCUAAAUAAUAUGUUACACAGACGCACAACGUGAAAAGCAUUUAUUUGUAAUGAUAAGUAUUCGAAAUAAAUUAAAACAAAGAAAAUCCUUUUGCCAGUCUUACAUUUAAGAUUUAAAAUAAACGAAAGAUGACAGUUUAAACGAUGACAAUUAUGAAUAGAAAAAUUAUUAUGGAAAAUUUGCUGUUAAUCACAAAACAAAAA